CCAAAACGCAAAAAGGAGGAAACCCCUAACCCCUGUUCACCCACUCCUCCCCCGCUCCUCCCUGGUGUCGGGGUUGCGGCGGCGCCGACGAAUCACCACCGAGCGCGAUGGCGAGCUCGGCUCUGAGGCGAUCUCUCCCGCGGCGCGCCUCGCUCCGACGAGCCCUCCCUUCCCACCGGCCACCCGCCGCCAGCGAGUUCUGCCGCUCCUUCCAGUCCGGGGAUGGCGAGAUUGGUGAGACCAUGGAUGAAUUCGAGGCGCGUCUGUUUGGGAGCAACAAGGGGGUGGACGAGGGGUCACUCUAUCGGAAGCUCGAUAAGGUUGAGAAUACCAGUAAGAGAUACGGCAUGGGCUCUGGAUCCAUGGCUGGUUUCGGUGGUUUGGGCAACAGGAGCAGUUCUGGGUCCAUGGGUGGUUUUGGUGUGUUCGGCGACAGGAGCAGCUCUGGGCCAUUGGGUGGUUUUGACUCUUUGAAUGAUGGAAUGGGUGAGACGCUGGCUCAUGUGGCACGUAACUUCCAAAUGGACGAUGACGACGAUGAUGAUGAGGACUGGGAUGAUGAAGACUUUGAUUUCAGGCCUGAUGUCGACUUUAGGCGAGGUUCGACUUAUAAUGUUCGGGACCUUGACCUUAAAAGACCUGCAGCCGCAAAGAACCCUCCUAGACCACAGUUUGAAACAACUACAGCGGAGGUUUUGAGGAAGGCUGAUUUUAGGAAUGUUAGAUUCCUCUCCAACUUUCUUACAGAAGCUGGAAUUAUCAUCAAGAGAAGCCAGACUCGCAUAAGUGCGAAAGCUCAGCGUAAGAUUGCAAGAGAGAUCAAAACCGCGCGUGCCUUUGGGCUAAUGCCUUUUACAACGAUGGGUAGAAGACCAUUCAUCUUUGGCAGAAGCGCCGAGGAGCACUAUUCGGAGGAAGAAUAUGGAUUUGACUUUGUGAAGAAGGAUGGGGGGCCUGAUGAAGAUAAUGGGGAUGCUGAACCAAAUGUGGAGGCUGCAUAAACAUUCUGGAGCAACCUUUCGCAAGCAUCCCCUUUCCUCCGUUACUCUCAUUUGACACAGCUCUGCAUGCCUGCCUGAUGCCCCGUUUUGCUUCUUCACAGGGUAGCUCAGCUUAGCCUGAAUAAACUGUAAUAUUGCGUUAUCUACUUUUGCUUGCCUGUUGUGGCGGGAUAACGAAAUAUCUUCGGCGACGGAUCCUCCAGGCUGGAGAUCAUAUGCCAUAUGAAAUGGACCAUGUGAUUGGCGCUUUCCUGGGCGCUGGGAAACUCUUUUGGGAGUAGCACUGCGUUCGAUUUUGUAUAAGCAUGAUUGUUCGGCUGUUCAACGAGGGCACCGACAGUUGAUGAUUCAUGUGCUGGUUGUUGGCAGCUUCAUUUU